AUGGAUCUACCACAUAUUGACUUAUCAAAAUUUGAUGAUGUAGCAUUUAUUUGGUUUGAUGCUGAAAUGACUGGUGAUAUAGAAGUGUAUAACACUCUAAGUUCGCCGGACAAAUGGUUUAUUUAUGAAAGAAUAGAUUCAUGUGAAGAAUUCAUACGUGAUCAUUUAAAAAAUAAACGAAUAUUUUUGGUAACAUCCGGCCGUUUGGGUAGGGUAAUUGUUCCAUCGAUUCAUGAUCUUCCACAGUUACAUUUGAUUUAUAUUUUAUGUCAAAAUAUUGAAGGUCAUUCAAAAUGGACUAAUAUGUAUCAUAAAAUACAAUUAGUCUGUAACAAUGAGAAAGAUCUAAUAUCAGACUUAGCAAUCGACGUAGCACAAAUGUGUGUAAAUAUCGGUGAUCAACAUUCAGGACUAAAUGAACAUAAACACGCAUUAGUAUGGUACGAAAGAGGACUUGAAAAGAUGAAACAACACGAUGGUCCAACCAAAAAUGAAUUUGUCAAUUUAUUAAGAUAUAAAAUAGAUAGGAGUACAGCAGCAUGUCGGAUGGAUCUGUCGGUACUUAGAAAAGAAGCAAAAUCAAAAAUCAUUUAUCUUGGCCCAUCGAUGAAUGCUCUUGUUCUCAAAUGUUCUGCAGUAGAAUUUUCUUCCGAUAUUGAAUCCUGUAAACAAUUGAUCAGUGCAAAUCCACAAGAUGAAAUUAUAUUAUUUAUACAUGCUGAUUUUGCCAUGCAAACAAUUCCCCAAAUAUAUCUUCUAGUAAGACAUAUAUAUAUAUUUGGUAUCACUGAUGAGAUUCGGCAAAUUUGGUUUCACAAUAAUUUUGACCCUAAAGAGUUUUCACAAGUCCAUGAAUGUACAGAAAAUGGUGCACAGUUUCACCUUCACAAUGCAAUCGCAAGAAACUCCGUUGGAAAAAACAAUAGUAUAGCAUUAGAACAACUAAACAGCGCUCACCGAAUGCAACAACUUCAAAUACCAACUCAAGUGACAACAGUUCCACAGCCUCCUUCGUCCGUAUUGACACAAGAAAAAGAAAGCGACACGGUUGCUGAACAAACAACAGGAACUUCAUCACAAAUAGUAUCAGCACCAAUGACAUUAGCAUUAUCACAUUCAUCUCUUUUGAUGUCAGGCGAUGGUAACAUGGUAUCAUUUAGUAACGAAUCUUCUACUUCAGUAUCUUCAACAGCCUCCACGGAAUCAACCACAGUUACAACAAAUGAAGAUAAAUCGAAAUCAAAACACUCACAAAAUCAUUCCGGUAUAUCAAAUCCUUGUGUACUGUGUUUGACAGAUGAAAAACAAUUAGCUUGCAUCCCCUGUGGACAUCUCGUAACCUGUAUAUCAUGUAGUCAUUUAUUAAAAACUUGCCCAAUAUGCUGGCGAGAAAUAGAAGCAUUCGUUCGGAUUUAUAUUUAA